AUGGCCAACAACGACAUGGUUAACCGGGGCAUGACCCAGGUCUUUACUGGACUUGGGAUUCUACUCGGUGCUGGUCGCAUCAGCAAUGCCACCCAUGAAAAGAUAAUGGGUCUUAUCGAUGCAGACGCAGACCAGAACCGUGCCAACACCGACGCCACUCCCACGGCGGCGGAGACAACAAUUGGCCUCCCAGGUCCAGGAAAAGAGACACCUAUUUCUGUGCAGUCUCAAGAUCUCCUCGGGUUGGGUAAUGAGUUAGGGAACAUGUCUAUUGGAGACAAGUACAGCCGUGGCUCGACAAAAUCUGCUGGUACGAAGUCCGGAAGCCAGCCCAAGAUCAUCUGUCCUUGGUGGUCGACAGCUGGCUACGCCUGCCGCGAUUACGAAAAUGGAGAAUGCAAAUUCUACCAUGAGGAUAUUCCGGAUGGGCUACGUCAGCCGUUAAUUUGCCAUUUUUGGGCAGAUGGUAACCGGUGUACUAAGCCCCAAGACGCCUGCCGAUUUGCACAUUACGCUGCUCAGCAUCGGGCUGUUGCUCCUAUGCCUACCAAGAGGAAGAUUGAGAAGACUUCCACUGGGCUAGACUACAGUGAGCACUUUGCAAUACCCCGACCAGCGGUGCUACCUCAAGAAAGCGAGGUUGGCAAAUGGCAUAGCCAGCCGCGACCUCCUCCCGAAGAUGACUGGUAG